AUGGACUUUCCUCCGGAAGAUGGACGAAGGUAUCCUCGGAAAGGAUUGGCAACAGAGUGGUUGCUUGGACUGACAGUAGGUAAUACCAUACAAAUAAUGCAUAAAGAGCCAGCUCGUUUUCGAUUACCACCUCCUCCACUACCAUCGUCUAUCGCUGUCCAGAUGCCGCUGCUUAUGAUCGGGCCUGGAACUGGGGUAGCGGUGUUUCUUGCAUUUUGCCAAUAUCUUUUAAAAGAAAAAUUGUGUAAUCCAGAGAGCUUUCUGGAUGUUCCGCGGUAUCUAUUCUUCGGCUGCAGAAUUUUGGAAAAAGACUCCUUGUAUCUCGACGAAUUGAAAUCAUAUGUUCGUGAAGGAAUUCUCACGGAGUUGAUACUCUGUGAAAGCCAAGGACAGAGC